UCGAUUGUUAAUGACGCUGAAGUAACGCGUUUCAUGCGCCGUGCGGGAUCAUUUAUUCCCUCCGCUGCAGCGGCCGAAAUAAACUGGGGAAAUAGUGACCGUAGUGCUGUGAAAGCCGGUGUCCGUGGGAGGGGGUCGCCGUUACUGCAGCUGCGCCGUCAGUAAAGUGCUCCGGGUCGGCCAGGUGAAUGAGAAUGCGUGCUUGUUAGCGGCUAGCUGUUAGCUUAGCUUCAGGGAGGCUAACGUUGUUAACGUAAAGACGGCGGACGUCCCGCCGGAUCGGCUCGAUGCUAAUCGGCAAAUAUUCUUCAAUGGAUACUCCUGAAAGCCCGAUGCAGUCUCCUCAGUCUCCUGAGGAGGAGGGGAGGGGUCUUUCUGACAGUGAACUGCUGCAGUCUCCCGAUGAAGAAGAGGACAGGGUCAUCUCUGACAGUGAGCUACUCCACAGGGAUGAAAAUGGAGGCCUCAUUGAGGAAGAUGAAUCUGUAGAAAGCCAUGGAAGAGGUUUGAACUUUGAGGACGAGGUGGUCCCUGACUUUAUCUCUGAUGCAGAAGAUGAAGAACCGGUGGGAGAGGCAGAGGGGAUGGUGCAGGAGGAUGAGACCAUUGUGUUCAUGGAGGGGGAUGAUGAUGAUGAUGUUCCACAUGGGGAGCAGUUAGAUGAGGAAGAGGAUGGAGUUGCUGACACUCCGCUGUCUCCGGACUCCGACUCAGAGCAGGUCCGGCACUUCAACGAGUCUGAAGAAGAUGGAGAAGAUGGGUACAGUAAAGAUGUCUCAAUAGAGCGAGGAGCAGCAGAGGUGGGUGAUGAAGAGGAGGAGGAAGAUAAAAAUAAGGAGGAGGAGGAGGAAAUGAGGAGAGCUGAAGAGAGGAGAAGAGCUGCUGCAGUGAGGGAGAUGAAAGACGACUCGGCCUCCGCGUCUCGUGAGCUGGAUGAGCACGAGCUGGAUUACGACGAGGAAGUACCCGAAGAGCCUAGCAUCCCUGCACACGAUGAAGAGGAAGAUGAGGAAGACCCAAAAGUGGAGGGAGGGGAGGACAAGGAGGAGCAGCAGGAGAGCCGAGAUAAAAUCAGAAAGGAGAAGAAGCCAAUCCUCCCUCCAUCUCCUAAAGACAGCAAGUCAAAGAGGACGGACGACUCCAGAGGACCCGAGAGGCUCCGCAGAGAUUCAUUCAGAGACAAGAAGAAGGAUGAAGAUGAUGGAGAGAUUGAUGAAGGAGAGAUUGAUGACGAUGACCUGGAGGAGGGAGAGGUCAAAGAUCCUUCAGACAGGAAGAUCCGCCCUCGCCCCAUCUGCAGGUUCUUCAUCAAAGGAAACUGUACGUGGGGAAUGAACUGCAGGUUCAUCCACCCUGGCUUCAAUGACAAAGGGAACUACUCCCUCAUCAGUAAACCAGACCCUUUCUCUUCUAAUGGAGCUCCACCCGGAGGACCAAACCCACUGAUACCCAGCAACCCCUGGGCCGGUCCUGCGGUGGAGGAACUCCCUCCUCCGCCUCCACCAGUGGAACCUCCUGUGGAGAGCGCCUGGGAGCGAGGACUGAGGCACGCCAAAGAGGUCCUGAAGAAGGCCAACAUCCGUAAGGAGCAGGAGCCCGACUUUGAGGAAAAACGUUUCAAUGUGACAAUCGGGGAGGAUGAGAAAGAGUUGGACAAAGAGAACGAGUUCUUCAGGGAACGCAGCUACCACAUCAUCAGAGAUGAAAUGGACUUGAGAGAUCCUGUUUAUGGCGAUCCUUAUGCUGACCCUUACUAUGAUUAUGAGAUGGAGGCCUUAUGGCGGGGGGGUCAGUAUGAAAACUUCAGAGUUCAGUACACAGAAGGUCCUCUGCCCUACCACUUCACUGAGCGUGACCGCGAGCGGGAGCUCCGCGAGCGCCACAGAGACCGCGAGCGCGAACGAGAUCACCGCGAGCGGGAGCGGCGCCAACGAGAGAGGGAGAGGGAACGGGAGCGGGAGCGCGAGAAGGAGAGGCUGAGACGGAAGGAGGAGUGGGAGCGGGACCGGCUGAAGCGAGACGAGAAGGAGAGGCCGAGGAUUCGUCCUCCUCGAGAUGCCAGGGAGAAGAAGGAGGACGAGAAGGUGAAGCCCCGCUCCCCCCUCAGCCUGCCACCAAACAGGCUGAUAGAACCUCCAUUUAAGAAGGACAUGGGUCCAGUUAUGAGGAGACCAGACGAGUGGAAGGACCCGUGGCGCCGGUCCAAAUCUCCCCGCAGACGUCCCGGGAUGGGCUCUCCACCUCGAGGCCGUCGGCGUCAUCGCCCCUCGGGCUCCUCAGUUUCUCUGUCCAACUCCUCCAGGUCUUCAUCACGCUCUUCGUCCUACACGGGCUCCGGGACGUCUCGGUCCCGCAGCCGCUCCUCCUCAUUUUCUUCCUACUCCAGUCACUCCUCCCAGCACAGCUCCUUCAGCGGCAGCCGCUCUAGAUCUCGAUCCUUCUCCUCGUCCCCUUCACCGAGUCCAGCAGCUCCGAAGACCGCCAAGAACAAACCGGAAGCCCCCCCUGUGUCAGCUAAAAGCAUGCCUCCAAAACCAGGCCCGGUACCGCCUCCUCGCAGAGACAAGCCACCUUUGAAGAAGGCUCCCAGUCCUCCUGUCCCCAGUGGACCUCAGAACAGGUCCGCCAAACCCACGACAGAGGGAGGCAAGCCUCCGCCCAAUCCAAGAGAGGCGGUGGAUACAAGUGCUGGCCCAGGAGCCGGUGGGGCGGGCAGACCUGCCCCACAACGAGAACCAGGGAGACCCCCGAACCCCCGAGAGGGCAGGCAGAGGGAGCAGCAACAGCAUCCUCCUCGCAGGAGAACCGUGAGCGGGAGUGUGAGUGGAAGCGGCAGUAGUUAUACUGGUUCUAGCUCCAGAUCCUCUUCUAAUUCUCUGUCACGCUCGCGCUCCGGAUCCAGGAAAUCCAGAUCUCUGAGCGUGAGCAGCGUGUCGUCAGUGUCGUCGGUGUCGUCCAGCAGCAGCUCGGUACGCAGCGCCGAUUCGGACGAUAUGUACGCUGACCUGGCCAGCCCGGUGUCAUCGGCCAGUUCCCAAUCGCCCACACCGAAUCAACCCCGCAGGGAGCGAGUUCCUGCACGGGACCGGUCCCCAGUGGGACGGGACAAAAACAGAGAGAGACCGUCAAAGAAAGACGAGUCUUUCAGGGACGAGCGCAGGAAAAUGGACCAGUCGGGGGCCCCGCCCAGAGGGGCAAACCCUGUCCCCAGGUCAGGACCUGGGAACAGGGGCAGCCACCCGGUACACCCGAGACCCGGCAACAUGGGCCCCCCUGGAAACUACGGAGGUUCAGGCUCCCAUAAAGACAUCAAACUGACCCUCCUCAAUAAGCAGCAGGGAGACCGAGGCAGCAGGAAGCGGUACCUCCCUUCAGACAAAGACCUGCCCGGUUCCCCCGCCAGUAAGAGAUUGGCCAUGUCUCCAGACAGAGGACGGGAUAAAAGAAUUCCUGGGCGGCCCCUACAGCCCCCCCAGAUGGAUCGGUCCAGAGGGCAGGGACCUCGCCCGGCGCCACCCCAGGAAAGAAAACGCCCUCUGUCUCCGCCCCCCAAGUCAUCUGGGAAAGGCCCGGCGAUGCCUUCGAGCAGGCCGCCGGCUCCGGCUGCCGGCUCCGGCAAACCCAGCAACACGCUGUCCCGCCGUGAGGAGCUGCUGAAGCAGCUGAAGGCCGUGGAGGACGCCAUCGCACGGAAACGAGCCAAGAUUCCUGCCAAAUAAACGGGAGGUUCAGCUGCUCGUCGGGUCUACGUGAGGCCGAUUCCGAGGAUGGAAGGACGACACGUUUGUUUUUUAUUUUACUUUUCUUUCCCGUCAGCCCUCUGUGGAGCUGCACACGUGCAGGGAAGCUAACACGAACACGAAGCAGCUGCCAGGACAACCAUCCUGUUCGGUUGUGACGAACAAGAUGGCGGCCAAAUAUGUUCCACUUUAGGGCGUAAGCCUGACCUUUGACCCCCUCGGAAGCCUUUCAGAGUCUGGGGACAGGCUCGACGACGGUUCGAAGCAGGGAGCGAUGGUACACUGCAGCGGAUCACCGGCUGGAUGCUUCUUCCACAUACGACGAAAGCAGACUUCUUCCUCCUGAACCUCCAUUUGAUCGCCUCCUUCCUGCGAGUGGGGGGGGUGGGGUGCUCCGCUCUGCAGCACUUCACCAUGCGUCUCCAUGAGCCCGUCUGCGCCGGGCUGCCGUACGGCGUCUGGGUUGCGUUCAGGACGGUUUGUACAGAACCAGCUUCCAGUGUCUGAUCAUUUACAGCAGUGAUGUGAGAUGUUCAUUUUUAUGCUUUUCAGCCGUUUCCUCCUGGAGUGAUGAAGCAGUGUUUUAUUUGUCUCUUUUAGUUGGACAGGUGGAACGGAGACAUUGAGACGAGCGUUGUCGGUCUUUUUUGUGACAAAAAAACCCAUUCUAAAUAAACUAUUUUGAUAAAGA